CGCGUCAACGUUACGUGUGUUAAGAGAGAAUUUUCUUUUCUUCUUUUUUACAUUAAAUUUCUUUUUUUAGAACCAUUAAGUCUGGUCCAAAUUCUAUCGAUUUUUUUUCUCUUCUUUCUUUGGCUUUUCAUGAGUUUGUGUUGAACUUUUCCAAAUUAUUAUUAUCUAAAUGUUAUGAAACAUUCAACUUGAUAAUAAUAUUUGUCAUCCAUUUGUCGAAUUCAUUGUUGUUGUUGUUGUUGUUGUGAAUAUACGAAACAAAAAAAAAUCAUGAAUGACUUUGACGAUCCAUCAUCGAAUUCUGGUUCAUCGUCCAAAUUUUUCGUUACAUUAAGCCGGAAAUAUCAAGCAUUACUUGAUUAUUCUACGCCUCAUGUUGCAUAUCGAUGGGUAUUUACAGCAAUCCUAUUGUUAAUUUUCAUGUGUCGUGUGAUUAUUUAUCAAGGAUUCUAUAUAGUUACAUAUGCAUUGGGCAUAUAUUAUCUCAACAUGUUAAUAGCCUUUUUAACUCCAAAAAUUGAUCCUGCUAUUUAUGAUUUCGAAGAUGAAGGACCAUCGUUGCCCACAUCGGCUAAUGAAGAAUUUCGGCCAUUCAUUCGACGUUUGCCUGAAUUUAAAUUCUGGUAUUCAUCGACAAUAGCAACAUUAAUUUCAUUGAUCUGUACGUUCUUUGAAUUUUGCAACAUACCAGUAUUUUGGCCUAUAUUGUUGCUCUAUUUUAUCAUAUUGUUCUGCAUAACAAUGAAACGACAAAUCAGACAUAUGAUUAAAUAUCGUUAUUUGCCUUGGACUCGUGGUAAAACUCGUUAUACGGGCAAAGAAGAUACCGGAAAAGUUUAUAUAAACAAUUCAUCAUCCACUGCACCAUUGAUCAACGCGGCAAUUCCACCGGCUGUCUUUCAACCAAUUUCAAACAACAACAACAACAGCAGCAACAGCAACAUCAAAAUAAUUCCAACCGAUUAAACAAUGUGAAAAGGUGACCAUAAUGACCAUCAAUUUAUUCAUUCAAGGCAACAAAAUUAUCACAAUCAUCAUCAACAUAAGCAAUUUAAAUAUGAAGAAUAAAUAUAAAAACGAUCCAAACCGGAUGAGAUUAUUUUAAAUUCAAAUUAUUAAUUCUUCAGCCCCCUCAAAAAAAAUCAACAUCAAACAUCAAACAUAAUUUAUAAUAACUAUAACUAUUGUAAAUUUGAAUCCAAUUCUUCUUUGUUUUUCAAUGCGAAAAAAAAUUUUAAACUUCCACCACCACCACCACCACCACCACCAUCCAUCGCACACACACACACACACACAAGAACACUUUUUUUUCCUAACCAUUAAUUUUCUUAAAAAUUUCGGCUUUUUUCACACACACACACACACACACACAAAUUCAUCAAUAUAUAGUUGAUUAUCAUAGAAAAUCUUUUUCAUUUUUAAAUUUAUUUUUUAUUUUUUAUUUGUGAUUAAAAUUUAUCUUCAUCUUGUCA